UUGGGGAUUAUUUAGAGUUUAGAGGGAGAUGGGGAGCCAUUUGAGGAUGGAGUCAAUGGUUUUUCUUGUAUUGGUUUUUUUGGGGAUUUGCAGCAUAGCCUAUGGUGCAGUUUCCCACACUACCAUGAGAAAGAUUGAUAUAUUAAAUAAGAAGGGUCCAUAUUUGGGCAUUGUGGUGCCAAAUUUCUUUGAGCUGAACCCUCUUCUUCAAUCCACAAGCUUUGUGGCUGAUCAGAAGCUUCCCUACUUAGAUUUUUCUGGAAGAAGGUUUCGAAUUGGACGGUUGGAAGACGAAAGUGUUAUAAUUGUUAUGACAGGAUUGAGCAUGCUUAAUGCAGGGAUCUCAACUCAAUUACUGCUAAGCCUGUUCAAGGUGAAAGGUGUUGUGCACUAUGGAAUUGCAGGAAAUGCAGAUCCUCAACUCCAAAUUGGAGAUGUGACUAUCCCUCAAUUUUGGGCUCAUACAGGCCUUUGGAAUUGGCAGAGGUUUGGAGAUGGGCCUGGUAAUGAGUUGUCCUUAGAAUCAUUUGGAGACUACACAAGAAAAGUUGGUCACAUAAAAUUUUCUGAUUUCAACAACAAAACCAGAAAUGGCAAGUCUGUUCCCAAUCUUCUGAACAAUGUUUGGUAUCAACCAGAAGAGGUCUUCCCAGUUCAUGGCACUCCUGAAGUUAGGCAACAUGCUUUCUGGGUUCCAGUCAACCCUAAGUUUUUUGCAGUUGCCAAGGAACUAGAGGAUUUGAAGUUGGGGGGUUGUGUGAAUACAACUUGUCUGCCAAGAGCACCCAUUGUGGUGAGGGUCAAAAGAGGCAUCAGUGCAAGUGUGUUUGUUGACAACAGAGCAUACAGAGAAUUCUUGAACUUCAAAUUCAAUGCGACUUCCAUUGACAUGGAAAGUGCUGCAGUGGCUUUGGUCUGUCACCAACAGAAGAAGCCGUUUAUUGUAAUUAGAGCUCUCUCUGAUUUGGCCGGUGGAGGCUCCUCUGUCUCCAAUGAAGCCAACACUUUUGCAUCUUUGGCUGCUCAAAAUGCAGUUGAUGUUGUGCUUAGAUUCAUUUCCUUGCUGUCUUCAUAGCUACACACACA